GUCCUGGCGGUGGCGCUCAGUCUAGCCUAGGGCGGGCUCCGGGGGGCUCUGCGGCCGGCGCGCCUGGUCUUGCCUGGUGUUUGCGUGCGGGUCUCGAUAACCACCGGCUCACUGCGCACCAGCCCGUGGCCCAACGGGACCCGGCGGCGUCUGGCCCGGCGUCCUCGGCCAUGGCCACCCUGGCGGGCCUGCGGGCCUGGGCGGCUACACAGUACGGCUACCUCCAGCGCAGCCUGGGGGCCCAGCUCCCCGCUGUUUUUUGCAGCCAGAGUUCUGGGGGAUCCGCGCGGUCAGAGGCUCGUCCCACCAGCACGCGGCAACGGGACGGCAUCAGGACCAUCGUCCUGAGCGAUCCAAAGAAGAGGAAUGCGCUGUCACUCAGAAUGCUGAAAUCCCUCCAAACUGAUAUUCUUCAGGAAGCUGAAAGCAAAGACCUGAGAGUCAUUGUCAUUUCAGCUGAGGGCCCUGUGUUUUCUUCUGGACAUGAUUUAAAGGAACUAACAGAAGAGCACGGGCGUGAUUACCACACUGAAGUAUUUCAGACCUGUUCCGAGGUCAUGAUGCUGAUCCGGAACCACCCUGUCCCCGUCAUUGCCAUGGUCAAUGGCUUGGCCACAGCUGCUGGUUGUCAGCUGGUGGCCAGCUGUGACAUCGCCGUGGCAAGUGACAAGUCCUCUUUUGCCACUCCUGGAGUGAACAUCGGGCUCUUCUGCUCCACACCUGGUGUGGCCCUGGGGAGGGCGGUGCCCAGAAAGGGUCUGCGCCAUACACACCAGGACAUUCCACCCAAGACUUUCUGGCUGGAUGUCCCUGUUCCUCUACAGCUCUUACACUGGGGGUCAAUUUGUGAAGUCACCACAUUUCAAUUUUACACGCCUCUGAGUACAGAUGCAAUAGCAAAUAGAAACACCAAUAGGACGCCCUGAAUUUGGAACCAGAUUUGUGUGGACAGGCUCAGACUGGGCUGACUCCCAGAAUAGCAGGCCCUGAGCUCUGGCGGUCCAGGGCUUAGAUGGGAUAAGCAAGCAGGAAGUGCAGAGGCAGAAUGGCUUGUCAGAGGGGUCAUGGCUGAUUCAAUGUGCUUCACAGUGACCAACUGUUUCUUAAGAGACAGGAGGAACCCGAAAUGGAACAGGAACUAUUCCCUGGGAAACUAACAAACUGAAGUAUCCUGGCUGGGGUGGAGCGGGUAUUUUCUGCUACACAGCUAGUUAGGUUUUUUGGUUGGCUUGUUUUUAUAAAGUCAAACUAUUUUUGCAAAUUUUUUCUGAAAUACAGUUGAGGCUCAGUUUUGUUGCAUUGAAUGGUUGCCUGUAAGAUACAAUAGUGUGCUGACUGAAUAUCAGUAUCAAGAGCUGGAACUGCAUCCCUGGCCCACUUGUUGACAACCUCUCCUGCUCAAGAAAGGAUUCAGUAACUGGCUAUGUUGGGCUUACAAUAGUUGCGGGUUGGCUACACAUCCUCUCUGUCCAAGAAGGAAUUACAGAGUUGUCUCCUUGUUGCUAACUACAGUGAAGUCCAUUCUCACUGCAGAGCUCUCUUCCUUCCUAUAACAUCAUAAAGUAUUUACUGAACAUCCCUGAAGUAGAAUCCAACAGCAUCCUUGUUCUGGUAAAAGGACAUCAUCAUUCUCAGUUGGAAAUCUGUAAACAUGGGGAAAAUCAUAUACACAGCCCUGAAGUGCUUGUUAGAAUAUAUUUUCUAUUUUAGUAGUAACUGCAGAAAUUAGCAUUUGCUCACAUGCUUAAGGCCCAAAAGAAACGAGACCCAAGGGGAAUCAAGCACAAGGCCAGGAAGUUUAGGAAAGGAUUCCUUUCUUCUGUAAUGCCUCCCCCCUAAGUUUUACAGAAAAGUACGUUUGUAAGGAGAUUCUGAAGACAAUUAUGUGAACACACACCUGCUUCUGAAAGUGAGCUGGAGGGGGCUGCACACUGUGAACAGUGACACCUUCUCCAGUGUCUUCCAGCAAGGGUGCUCUGUUUCUAUCAAAAUAGAUAUUUACUCUAAAUGAGUAAUUUACUCUAAAUAAGUAUCUCUUCAGUUGCCACAUUGUGCUAGUACAUUAGAUGUAAAUGUAUCACAAAUCUAUUUUCAGAGUUUAUUUAAACUUCCUAUAAACUGUAACUGCAAAUCAGAUCAUGAGACCUUUACAUAGCCAAAAGUGAUGGUUAGCCUGCCUGGUAGUUGUUUAUCCUUUUUAACCCCUGACUUGCUGGAAAGUUCCAUAGUACAGCUUUGGAAACCUUUAAAGCAGACUU